AUGUCGGCCAACUCCACAGCAUCACAGCCUCAGUCUAAUGGCAUUCCGCCGCCAAAGCUAGAGCUACCGUACCCAGACAGGCCGGAGAUUGUCACAGCCAACAUCCUAAAGUUGACUGAGCUAGUUCCAGACCAACGCACGAAAGAGGUCCUUACCGCCCUGGUCACCCAUCUACACCAGUUCGUCCAAGAAACAAAAUUGUCGACUGAGGAAUGGACGAAGGGCAUGGAAUUCCUGACGGAAGUGGGGGAGUUGUGCACUCCUUUGCGCCAGGAAUACAUCAUGCUGUCUGAUGUUCUCGGUGUGUCUGCCCUAGUGGAUACAAUGAAUAACCCGCCAUUGAAGAACGCUACGGAGAGUUGUCUUCUUGGCCCUGCAUUUACGGAUGACGCUCCAGAGGUCAACUAUGGAGGUGCCAUCAUCGACGGCGAGCACGGCAUCGGAAAUGCGGAAUAUCUGUUUCUUGAGGGCCGCGUGCUCACCACAGACGGGAAGCCCAUCGAUGGCGCUGUCGUGGAAACUUGGGAAACCGACGAGAAUGGGCUGUACGAUGUGCAAUACAAUGUUCGCGACAAGCCGAAUGGAAGGGGCCGACUGCGCACCAAUUCUGAAGGGAAAUUUGCGUUCCGCGGCGUCGUGCCUCUUGCUUAUCCUAUGCCAGAUGAUGGCCCGGUGGGAAAGCUCCUCAGGGUAUGGAACCGGCACAACAUGCGGGCAGCCCACGUCCACCUUAUCAUCAAAGCUGCUGGCUUCCGCACCUUGACUACGCAGCUGUACCCGGCGGGCGACAAAUGGGCCAAUACCGACGUCGUCUUUGGGCCCAAGAAGUCACUCGUGAUCACUUUGAAAGACGUCCAAGAUCCCGAAGAGGCGGCCAAACGAGGCAUCCCAAACAGCGCGCCGUUCAAGUUAGCCCAGUAUGACUUUGUCCUGCUGUCUGAAGCAGAGGUGGAGGCGCACGCUGCAACCCCAUUGUAAAAGUGAAGUUUGAAGCACCGUCGCAAGACAACCAAACAGGCGUGUUUGCGAUCGACGCUGCCCACAAACGUUCCAGUUUCAUCCCGGUCCUUUCUUGCAGACACCUGUGACACUAAAUUUGAUUUCAACAUGCAAUGUUUCGUCAGCCCAAAA